CAUUUUAGUAAUCUUUAAAAAAUAUUUUUUAAAUAUACAUUUUUCGUUUAUUACCACCAUAUAACCAGGUGCAAAGGAGAGAUACGAUCUCAUGAUAUCCAUAAACUAAACAAAGAUGGCUGCCGUGGACAGGAGUUUUUCUGCUGCAGAAUCUGACUCCAUUCUCGUUUCAGAAAACAGACAAGGAAAGUCUGGAAGCUUUUCUAGUGGAAACGAUGGUGCAAUAGAAAAAAAAUGGCGUAUCGAAAGAUCUAAUUUACUUAAUAUUGCAAAAAUAUGCAUUAAGACCUUAAUUGAUACAUCUCUCAGCGCAGGAACUGGACGAAUUUUGACAGAAGAUUUUCCUGCUCUGGAGCAAUUUUUUGUGGUCUUUGAACAUAUAUUACGGCAUGGCUUGAAAGCAAAACGAACACUUCUUGGACAGCGAAAGGAAUUUAUGGCUGUGUUAGAAGCAUUGGAAAAUAAAAUUGGAUCAUUACCUGAUAUUCUUACCAACAUCAGAAAUCUUUCUGAUAUAAAGACAAACUUUGGUCGUACUCGUGCAUGGAUGAGGUUAAGCCUGAUGCAGAAAGUUUUAGCAGAACAAAUGACUAUAAUUGCGGAAGAAAAAAAUGUGUUAAGAGAUUGGUACGAAGGAAGUAGCCUAAUACUGAGUGAAGAAGGUUUAGUAAUUGCUGGAAUGUUGGUUGGAUUGAAUGUUAUUGACUGUAAUUUUGAUUUGAAAGGAAGAGAUUUAGACACUCAGCAUGGUAUAAUUGAUAUCAGCUUGUAUUUGAGAGAUGGAAAUUACUUAGAAAAAACUUUUGAAGAAAAGAAACCUGCUGAUGAGCCAAACGGGCAAAAGUUUGAAGUUAUCCUAGAUCAAAAGGCAUAUUUAGAACAACUAAACAAAUCUUUAACCGACUCGGUUGUGCAAUUGAAACUACAAGCUAAAGAACAACAAGAAAAAGACAACAAUGCCACAAAUGAGGUUGAAGAAAUGAGAAAUCGAUUAGUGUCGGUGAUUGCUGAACGAGAGCAGUAUAAAAAGGAUUAUGAAAAUUUAUUAGAAGAACAUAACCGACGUUUAAAGACUGUUAAUGCUGAUCUUAACGUUGAACGUGAAACAUAUCAACAGUCAAGAUCUGGAUUGAAUAAUUUAUACUUAGAUGUUAAAAAAGAAUUAGAAAAAGAAAGACAACAUCGGAAAGAAUUAGAAAUUUUAGUCGAGGAACAUAAAUCGAUGAAUCAAGAAAAAGAAGUGGCAAUGCGUUUGCUUGAGAAAGAUAUUCACGAUAAACAAGACACGUUAAUUUCAAUACGGCGACAGUUAGAAGAUAUUAAGAAAAUUAAUUUAGAAUUGCAUAACAAAUGGCAGGGUAGCGAAAAUUCUCUGAAGAAACAUGAAUCAGAGUGGCAUUCGAUGGAACAAAAGUGUUCUCGUAUGAUAUCACAAACAAAAGAUAUGGAGAAAAGUUUAUCUUCUGCCGAAAAUCAGAAAAAGCAAGCUGAGGAAACUGCUCAUCAAAUUGGUGCAAAGUUAGCACAAGUACAAGCAGAGAAACAUGGUUUGGAAACAGACAUGAAGGUGGAGAGAGAAUGGAGAGCAGGAUUACAAACUGAACUGGAUGGGGAAAAAGAAAAAUCGAAACAACUAGCAAACGAAUUAAAAGAUGCUGCCAAUUCGCUAAAGGAAAAUGAAGAGCUUCGCAUACGGUUGGAAAAAGCGGAGAAAAGAUGUGCAGAACAGGAGUCGGCUUUGUACGAGAUGGGACAUCAGCUUAAUAAAUCACACACGCAAGUUGACGAAAUGAAAGAAUUACACGCUGCGAUGAAGGAGAAAAUGUGGCAAGACGAUAAAGACGCAACAGAUUGUCAACUUUGUCAACAACCUUUCUCACUGUCCAGAAGAAAGCAUCAUUGUCGUUCAUGUGGUGGUAUUUUUUGCAGUUCGUGUUCAGACAAUACAAUGCCUUUACCUUCGUCAGCGAAGCCGGUACGCGUAUGCGACACUUGUCAGGCGGCAUUACUCGCGCGAUACUCGGUUGGUGUAAAGUGAGAACAAAAGAGAUGACGCGAUAAUGAAGAUGUGAACUUAAAGGUGCAUUUACAUUUUGGAUAUUUUUUAUAUAUUAUAGCAUUUUUGUACAAUAAAGCAUUUUUAUCUAUUCACAGAAUAAACCAUGGUUUAUGUUGAAGAUGACCCACAACGUGAAUUUUUCUUAAGGGAACUAGAGUUUCUCGUGUUUUUUUAUGAAGUUGAUUAUAAAAAUUCUGUUAAACAUAAAGUCGAAUACAUUUAAAGACAUAUUCUUGUUUUACACUUAGUUAAAUUUUUUCAAUUGUAUAUGCUAUGAUAGUCUGAAUGACCAACUCGAACAUAACUAUGCUAUGGUAGUCUGCAUGACCAACUUAAAGUUAUCAAUAAAUUUUGUUACAUUUCUUUUUGUGAAUAUAAUAUAAAAAUUGAAAUUUCCGAAUAUAAUAUUUUAACACGAAUAUAGAAAAGAAUUGACAUGAAUAUAAAAAAAAUUACUGGUUCUUUCUGUGCUUUAAAUCGGCAGGCUGUGUAUUAGAAUUUUUUGAAAAUGGCUAGUCGUCAGUCCAUGAGAAAUCCACUUGAAUUCGUCCGUCACUACUCGCAGCUGCCAUUUUGGCUCACAAACAGAGGUAUGGCUAAUUAGAUAUUAAUUUAGAAUUAUUUCUUACAUUCUGUAGCACUUCUGGUCAGAUAUAUGCUUUUUUGGAUCUCAAAAUCUCGUAGAUAUGUGCUCUUUUACUCUUGUGACUUUUACACUUGAUAGUAAUGUAUUCUAAAAACAAGACAUAAAAGUCACUUUGCUUUUAAACUUGUUUACAACUUGUUUACAAAAAAUAAUAGGUACAUGGGCGUACCCAACAAAUUUGGGGGUUUGGAUCCUGGUCUCUCUUUUGGUCGUAUCAAAUUAGUAAAAAAACAAACAAAAAUACCCUGGUAACGAGGUUGUUUGUUCGCAUCAUAUAAGCUGCGGUUUCUUAUUUUCAUGAAAGUCGUCAGUCACGACAACUUGAAUAGGAACAUUCAUAAAUUCUGGAAAAACAAAUUUGGUUAAUAAGUUGAGCUUGUGUUUUAUGAACAGGCUAGGUUUUGUGUAAAAGUCUUGAAGCUCCUUUAAAAUCAUCAAAAAUUUCUAUUUAGAAAAUUUUCUACAAAGUGCUAUGUAUUUUUUAAGUUUGCUCAUGCUCGUUCCCAGUAAAAAAUGGUAAAACAAAAUUAAAAAUUUGGGAUUUUCAAAUAAAAAAUCACAAAAUAGGAUAAAUUUUUCGACAAACGUCCUUCCCCUCGUAGGGCUGACAUUAAACUUUAAAGAAUCCCUCUUCUUAAAAAUUUUUAGAGCGACGAAAAUCCACUAAAUCCACCCGCAUAUACAUCAUCACCCUCUUCCUCCGUCUCAAAGAAUCAAGAACGUAACCUCGUCUCCAGGACUCUUCCUCUUUUUGAAAAUCUCGGACGGAGGGUUGUCUUAAGUAAGAUAAAGAUCCUCUCCCAAUGUGCUCUAUUUUUCAACCUCCUCCACAAAGCUAAUUCAUUUAAUACAUUUUCAAACCCUGCGUUUAUUACACCCCAUGACUCAAGGCGCCGCCGUCUGCUCAAUUUAUUCGCUAAUUUAGGAGCACUUAAUUAGUGUAAAUAUUACAAGGAACUUUAUGUAAUUUUCAAGCGGCAUUUUUAAAACUUUCAGUAGAAAUAAACAACUGGCGGUACAUGUUUCCGCCUGUUUUUGUA